GCGGGGCCGGCACGGCGGGGCUGCCCUGAGGGACGCGCGUCUGUCCCGCCCUCCCGCCGCGUCCCGGGGCUGCCGCUGCCGUGGCGGCUCUCGGCCUGAGCCCUGAUCCUCGGCUUUAGACCCUGGCAGUCGCCCUCUGCCACCCGAGCCCGGCUGGGAGAUGCACCUCCGCGCGGGAGAGAAGCUGAUGGAUCCCCUGCCCAACCCCGCGCCCCUGGCCUCGAAGCUGCGGAACACGCUGGUCCGGUAUCACAGCAUCGGAGACGGAGAGUGGCGGGUGGCGAGGAAAACCAAAGAUGCAACUGUGUGGCGUAAACCAUCAGAGGAAUUCAGUGGAUACCUCUACAAGGCUCAAGGAGUGGUGGAAGAUGUUACUAAUAGAAUAGUGGAUCAUAUUCGCCCUGGACCUUAUAGGCUAGACUGGGACAGCCUAAUGACUUCAAUGGACAUCAUGGAAACAUUUGAAGAGAACUGCUGUGUGAUGCGCUAUACAACUGCUGGCCAGCUCUGGAACAUUAUAGCACCAAGAGAGUUUGUUGAUUUCUCUUAUACUACAAGCUAUGAAGAUGGGCUUCUAACAUGUGGCAUAAGCCUGGACUAUGGAGACGUGAGACCAAACUUUGUCCGUGGAUUCAAUCACCCUUGUGGCUGGUUCUGUGUCCCUCUCAAGGACUCUCCUGGCCACAGUCUUUUGACAGGCUACAUCCAGACUGAACUGCGAGGGAUGCUACCACAGUCUGCAGUAGACACUGCUAUGUCUAGUACUCUGGCCAAUUUCUACUCUGACCUCAAAAAGGCACUCAAAACAUAGACAAACAGUGACCUAAAAGCCAGUGCAUUCCUUGCAAUCAGAUUGUGUUGUUUAGCUUAGCAUUAGUUACGUACUAAAUUGAGGUAACACUCUUACCGAAUGACACCCAUGACACUGAACCUUUGUGUUGAGGAUCCAAACAACUUUAGCAAGUGCUUUUUCAUGUGACAAUUGGCAUAUAUUCCCAGUGCAUAGUGCGAGAUGCUUUCUGCAGCUCAACGCUCUGCAGCUUUGUGAGGAAUAGCCUGAAUCUCUACUGAAUCUUUCCUCAGUAGAAAGCACAAAAUGUGUGUGUGGGCUUGAAAAAUGCAGUCUGAGCUCAGCUCUCUCCAGCAGUUUUGGGAGCCAGGUGCUCAAGAUUUUGAUGCUGCAGGUUGCUGUGCAGGCAGCAUCUCAUUGAAGGUGUAAUUUUGUAAUAUAUAUAUAUUUAUAUUUGCCUAAAAUUUUUUAAAGUUUAUUCAGCUGCAUCUGUAAUUUGUUUUUAAAAUUUACUUUGAUUUAUCAUGUGGAUAUUAUAUAGCGAAGUUGUUAAAUUAUACUAUUCAUAAGAAAGCUAUUUGUUCUUGAGGGCAAAAAUAAAUGUUCAUUAUUGGCAUUUA